AUGUCUCGUCUUUUCAUUUUUAUAAACAUCUUAUUCAUUUUUACCGCAAACACCACAGCUUUGACUGAACACUACGCAAAGCCAGAUCCAAUAUCAAAGCAAAAGCCAAAUCCAAUACCAAAGCAAAAGCCUCAUAGUUUUGCAAUUCCAAUCUUGAAAGACACCAAAACCGGUCUCUACUACACUAACAUGACCGUCGGACAGCCACCACUCACCGUUAACCUAGUCCUAGACGUUAGUGGCUCAGCCUUGUUCUUCCAAUGCGGCGGCUAUAAGUCAACCUCCUAUGACUCUAUCCUCUGUGGGUCCCGUUGCUGCUCAACACCUAAAGAUGAAUGCUUCCAUAACACUUGCUACGGCGACUUCAGACCUACAUGCAGAAAGGAGACGUGUAUAUCUGGUGAUGUCAAGUCCCACUUAGGCGUAACCAGUGAACUUAAUGAUCUACUCAAGGACAAUGUGAUCCUAAGCUACUCGUUGUCAUCAUCAGAAAAUUUAGCACCCAAACUCCCAGUGAGGGCGCGUCUCGUUUGCAUAAAUUUCUUUGAUGCCUAUACAGAGCUUCCUUAUGGUGCUAACGGCGUUCUCGGACUCGCUAAUAGCUCUGCGUCUUUCGUUACUGACCUAGCCUCUUCUUACAAGAUCUCCCUCAAAGUGGCUCUUUGUUUACCUUCCAAGUCCGGGAAGGACUAUUCCGGGAAUGCUUUUAUUGGCGGCCGUCCGUCUUUGCUGCCUCCAAACCGUGAAGAUGUCACGAGUUUAAUGGUUUCUACUCCUUUAAUGAAGUUGAAACACGAACCUAUUACAAUCUAUGCCAUAGAUGUCCAAUCUAUUGAAGUCAACGGUAAGAAGGUCGCUUCUAUUAAAAACAGUGGUCCCUGGGGAAACGCACUAAUCGGCAGACCGUUCCCUUACACUAGCUUGGAGACUUCUGUUUACGACGCUCUUGUCAAAACUUUUGCCGAGAAAGCCCAUAAGACAAACGCCGUGGCUCCCUUCACUAACUGCUUUAGCUACGAAAGUUUUGGAGGAAAGUCUUUGUUGGGAAAGGAGGUUCCGGUGAUUAGUUUGGUGUUGGGAGGUGGAGCCAAGUGGGACAUCUACGGAUCAAACUCGCUGGUGAAGGUGAAUGAGAACGUUGUGUGUCUAGCGUUUGAAAGAGGAUAUAACGAGGUAUAUACGAUUGAUAUUGGUUUAUAUCAAAUGGAAGAUAAUCUAGUUGACUUUGAUCUUGACACCUCCAAGUUUUCUGUCACAUCUUCGCUUUUGCGUCACAACACAUCAUGUAGUCGAGAUUCAUGA